AGGAAGAGGAUUCAAGUCCAUCUAACAACCUCUUUUUUGUUUUUUGUUAGAAAACCCAACAACCUCCAAAUAUAUAGUAUGGGAAUUGAAGCAAACGAGCACCCAACAUGAAUUAAAAGCAAAAAAGAAUUAAAGCCAUGAGUAGUCCUCUCGUGUUGCUUCCUCUCCUCUUCAUCGUCCUGUUAUGGCCAUCAGUCGCAACAUCAACUUUGCAACUGGCAAAGCCCAAUUGCCCUAGUGAAUGUGGUAAUAUCCAUGUUCCUUACCCUUUUGGCUUCGGUUCCAAAGAGUGUUACAGAAACAAUGAUUUCAAGCUAACCUGCGACAAAAGCAACAACCCUGCAAAACUGAUCGCAGGGUCAAACAUUGAAGUUUUAUAUAUUUCAUCUCAAGGACAAGUGAGUAUACUUUCUACUAUAAGUUACGAUUGCUACAACAAGUCCGGUCAACGGACUGAUCGUUUUGAAAGUUUUACGAAUACGGAAGACCAAACCAUCUACACCGUGUCUGAUACUGAAAACAAUUUCACAGCUCUGGGUUGCGACACCAUCUCUAACAUCAACGGUUUCAAUGGCCGGAACUUCCAGAGUGGGUGUAGCAUGAUUUGCAGCAACAUAUCUGAUGUGAUCAAUGGUUCUUGCACCGGCAUAGGUUGUUGCCAGACCUCAAUUCCAAAGGGUUUCGGAAGCUUCAAUGUUUCUAUUGAUAGCUAUCAAAAUCACACCCAAGUCUUUGAUUUCAAUCCGUGCAGCUACGGUUUUGUUGUUCAAAGUAGCUGGUUCAACUUCUCUGUCUUUGAUCUCUUCAAUUUCAGUGGUAUUAGGGGAACAGUCCCUGUCGUGUACGACUGGGCAGUAGAUCUAAAGUCUUGUGAAGAAGCUGUGAAAAACCAGACUACUUACGCAUGCAAAAAUAGCAAAUGUGUCCCCUCCAAGAACGGUCUUGGCUACAGCUGUACUUGUUUUGAAGGUUAUGAAGGGAACCCUUACCUCGAUCAUGGAUGCCAAGACGUGGAUGAAUGUAAAGUCGCUACAAAAAAUAAUUGCUCUAAGAAUGCUAUAUGCAAAAACACUCUUGGGAGUUAUAGCUGCUAUUGUCCAAAAGGCUUCUAUGGCGACGGUUUUGAAAAUGGGACUCGCUGUGUUGAAAAGGUUUCUAUUCCGGUGACAAAAAUAAUUGCAGGUGUCAUUGUAUGCAUCAUAGCUCUACCUAUCUUCAUUUGGCUUUUGUAUUGGGCAAUUAAGAAACGACGGCUCAUCAAACUUAAAGAAAAAUUCUUCCAACAAAAUGGAGGUAUGUUAUUGCAGCAACAGAUAGCUUUAUAUAAAGGGGUCAAAGAUAUUGCCAAGAUUUUCACCAUAGAAGGGCUAAAGAUGGCAACCAAUAACUUCCAUGAGAGUCAAAUAGUUGGCCAAGGAGGGUUUGGUACAGUUUAUAAGGGAACCUUACCCAGUGGCAAAGUUGUUGCCAUUAAGAGAUCCAAAACUGUUGACAAAGGCCAGAUUAUACAGUUUAUAAAUGAGGUUGAUAUCCUCUCUCAAAUCAAUCACAGGCAUGUGGUGAAGCUCUUGGGUUGUUGCCUAGAGACAGAGGUUCCUUUGUUAGUUUAUGAAUUCGUCUCCAAUGGAACUCUUUACCAACAUAUCCAUAGUGAGAAUAAAACAGUUUUCCUUUCAUUAGAAAAUCGUUUAAGAAUCGCUGCAGAAACGGCCGAUGCACUAGCCUAUUUGCACUCUUCUCAUUCAGUACCUAUCUUCCACAGAGAUGUCAAGUCUUCUAAUAUACUACUGGAUGAUAAAUACAGUGCUAGGGUAUCUGAUUUUGGAGCUUCAAGAUUGGUUCCUCUGGAUCAAACUCAAAAGACAACAAUUCUUCAAGGGACUCAUGGGUACUUAGACCCGGAAUGUCUUCCUACAGGCCAGCUAACUGAUAAAAGCGAUGUUUAUAGUUUUGGAGUAGUUCUUGUAGAGCUUUUAACUGGGAAGAAGCCAAUUUUAAUGGAUGAAUCUGGGGAAUGGAUAGCCCUUGCAAUGUACUUUGUGUCUACAAUGAAAGAUGGGAAUAUUUUUCAUAUUCUUGAUGACCGAAUAGUAGAUGAUGAGGGGAAUAGACAACAGUUAUUGAUAGAUGUUGCUGAGAUUGCAAGAAGCUGCCUAGAGGAAAGAAGGGAAGAUAGGCCUGCAAUGAAGGAAGUUGCAAAGGAACUUGAUUCUUUGAAAAUGAUGUAUGAGCAACCAUUCUCACAACAUAUUCAGGAGGAAACUGAUUUUUCUCUAGGUGGACCAUCAACAAGCUCUACAGAUCCAGCUUUUGAAUUAGGAUUUGGUAAUGGUUUUACUGAUGAUGAUGAUCUUUGCGUACAUGGCAGGUGAGAGCAAAAUCAUACUAGUGAGUUAAGCACCUCAAGGCUUAUUAUUCUACACUUGGAUGCAGAAGGAAUUGUGUGGCUCCUUUUUUUCUUGUAAAUGUCCUUAUUAUGUGGAGUGAGAGUUUAGGAGUAUUGGCUUGGAUUUCUUUACUUCUCAGUUUCUGUUGAACGAUUUGUCUAUCUUAAAGUAAUGGUGUGACAGUCAAAAUGUGAGAAUUAAUCACAGUUUGGAAGGUGUGGCUUUUAGUAGUAGUGGGGAUUUUAAUUGGUCUGGGUCUUUUGCUCUUCUUUGUUAAUUAUAGACUAAUGUGAUCAAUUGUCUUUUGGUUGGUAAUGGAAUAUAUUUCUGGCAAGAAAUAAAGAAAAAUUGGGAAUGUUUGUAACCAAGCAGGUUACAAACAGAAUUUCUAAUCGAAUUUCUUUGCCUUUCAUUCUAA